AUGCAACCUGAAUUUCACAAAGCUGCAAUGAAAGAGACAUUUGUGAUAGAGGCUCUAGGUGAGUGUCCUACACUUGUUUUAAAGGCCAAUGUGAAGGAUGAAACCAUACUUCAUGUAGCAGCAAGGUAUGGACACCAUCAAAUAGUGAAAACAUUAGUCGAUUUUGCUAAAGCUUUUCCUAAACAUAUGGAUGAAGUUGGAGCCGAGAAAAGACUUAUAAGAGCGCUAGAUCACUCAUAUUUUGGUAAAAAUAUUGGAGACGAAACUCCACUUUAUAUUGCUGUUGAGAGACGGUAUUGGAAUGUGGUGAAUACAAUAUUGGAUAAAAGCAAUUCACCACAAUAUAAUGGUCCUAACGGCAGAACUGCUUUGCAUGCCGCAAUUCUUCAUUGUAGCAAAGAAGAAGUAGUGUCAAAGUUGUUGGCAAAAAACUCAUCAGCGGCAAAAGAAGCAGAUGAAAAUGGUUGGGUGCCACUUCACUUAGCGGCACUUUAUACAAACUCAGAUAUGAUAAGGGUGUUGCUAGAGAAUGACAGAAGCACAGCAUACAUGAGAGAUAAGAAGAGAAGGACGGCUCUUCACUUUGCAGCACUUCGUGAAGAUUCAUCUGUAAUGAGAAAGAUAUUAGAAUAUUGUCCAGAUUGUUGUGAAUUGGUGGAUGAAAAGGGCUCUAAUGCUCUUCACUACACUGCAAUGAGAGAAGACAAUUACCUUUCCGGAGGACUAGAACAGAUCAUGCAAGAUGCACCACAAAUAAGCAACUUGUGCAAUGAGAAAGAUGAUGAUGGAAACACACCUCUUCACCUCCUUGGCCGUCAUGCUCCCAAAUGGAAAAAGGAUGCCAAUCAUUAUGAUCAUCCUCUUCUGGAACCGCUUCCAAGAGUGGACAAAAUGGCAUUCAAUAAAUACAAUCAAACUGCUCUCGAUAUUGCUAUUGAUGCUGUGCGUCCACAUUUAGCUUCUAAGAAAUGGAUGGAUCUAAUCAACAGGGUUCUGGAGAUGACAACUCCUUCCAUAGAGCGAAAAGAGGUAGAGGGCCAACCCGUAUGA